ACAAGACUAGCCAAUAUGGCAGCUUUCAUUGAACUCGAGCGCCCAUGUGGUCGCCGCUAGCGUGAUAGUGAGAGUUUAAUCAACGCCUCCUAUUUAAUCAGUUAAUCGCCUUUUGAAUCAGUUUACGUCGCCGUAAUGUCAGAAACCAAAGACCCCCCCAGCAUAAUCUCGUCACUGCAGUCAAGAUAUCUUCAGAAGUUCGACGGCAUAACGCUGUCGAAAUGCGGGUCGGACGAUUCGGAUGACAAUGAUGACGAGCCUAAUACGCUCGUGUUCGUCAUUGACAGCAAACCUCGGAUUGAGCCGGAGACUGAAGAAGCACCACGCACGACCCGAGAAAGGGUUAAGUUAGCAUCGGAGCUGAACCCGGGAAUCAAUCUGGAUGACACAUAUGUGGCAUCUCAUGAUGCUGCAUCCAAGUCGGCUCAGAAGGUCAAGGAACUUAUGCUUGAGUCAUCUGCUGACAGUUUGCUGAAGGGAAGCGUGCUCACUCCUGGCUUUGAGAAACAGGAUUGUGUACCUCCGUACUCAGAGUCCCUGAGACGCAUCAAACUACGCCGCAAGGAGGAGCGCAGCAAAACAAAGGGUCCUGGCUGGUUUGGCUUGCCUGCGCCGGAGAUGACCGAUGAGCUGAAGCAUGAUCUAGAGGUUCUCCGCAUGAGGCAUGUUCUCGACCCCAAGCGCUUCUACAAGAAAAAUGACCUCAAGGAUCUGCCGAAGUAUUUCCAGGUUGGGACGGUAAUGGACUCGCCAGCCGAUUUCUACCAUGCAAGGGUGCCCAAGAAGGACCGCAAGCAAACUAUGGUUGAAGAAUUGCUGGCUGAUGCAGAGUUUAGACGGUUUAACAAGAAAAAAUACAGUGAGGCCAUGGCCCGGCAGCAGCAAGGGGUCUCAAAGAAGGCCUUGAAGCACAUGAAGCGGCUGAAAAAGAGAAGAAAUAAAACCUUUUGUAAGAACUGUUUACAUUAUCUGAAAGUUGUGCUUCAGAUUGUGCCAUGGGUCCUGGAUGUUGUCCCAUUUAUAGGGUGA